GGGCCGCCGCCGCCGCCGCCGCCGCAGCUGCCGGGGCGCGUUCUCAGCUCGUGGGCUGGGCCCCCAGGGGCGCUCCGUGUGGCUCCGGGGCGCUGUCCCGCUCGGAUCGCUUCCUGAGGCGCGGGGUUCCGGCGUCCGCAGCGGACGAGGCCGGCCCGGGCGCCCCCCGCGGCUGGCCGCCGCCUCCCUCGGCGCGCGGAGCCGGCAUGGAGCUCUUCCAAGCCAAGGACCACUACAUCCUGCAGCAGGGCGAGCGCGCGCUGUGGUGCAGCCGCCGAGACGGCGGCCUCCAGCUCCGGCCCGCUACUGAUCUAUUGCUUGCCUGGAAUCCUAUUUGUUUGGGGUUGGUAGAAGGUGUUAUUGGGAAAAUUCAACUUCAUUCAGAUCUUCCCUGGUGGCUUAUUCUGAUUCGGCAGAAAGCCCUGGUGGGCAAGCUCCCGGGAGACCAUGAGGUCUGCAAAGUCACCAAGAUUGCUGUGCUGUCACUCUCUGAGAUGGAACCGCAGGACCUUGAACUAGAGCUCUGUAAGAAGCAUCAUUUUGGGAUUAACAAACCAGAGAAGAUUAUCCCGUCUCCUGAUGACUCCAAGUUUCUGCUGAAGACCUUAACGCACAUCAAGUCCAAUGUCUCCGCUCCUAAUAAGAAGAAAGUUAAGGAGAGCAAAGAGAAGGAGAAGUUAGAGAGGAGGUUACUUGAGGAGCUGCUGAAGAUGUUCAUGGAUUCAGAGUCCUUCUACUACAGCCUCACCUACGACCUGACCAACUCAGUGCAGAGGCAGAGCACUAGCGCGACGGACAGCCGUGCCCUCUGGCAGAAGGUUGAUGACCGAUUUUUUUGGAAUAAAUAUAUGAUACGAGAUCUUACCGAGAUUGGUACCCCAGAGGCGGACUUUUGGAUCAUCCCCAUCAUCCAGGGCUUUGUGCAGAUCGAGGAACUCGUGGUGAACUAUAACGACUCAUCUGACGACGAGAAGAGCAGCCCGGAGACGCCCCCUCAGGAGGCCACCUGUGUGGACGACGUCCACCCGCGGUUCCUGGUGGCCCUCAUCUCCCGCCGCAGCAGGCACAGAGCAGGAAUGCGCUAUAAGCGGAGAGGAGUGGACAAGAAUGGGAAUGUGGCGAAUUAUGUGGAGACAGAGCAGUUGAUUCACGUGCACAACCACACGCUGUCCUUUAUUCAGACGCGAGGCUCUGUGCCAGUCUUCUGGAGCCAGGUCGGGUAUCGGUACAACCCCCGGCCUCGGCUGGACGGAAGCGAGAAGGAAAGUGUGGCCUGUCUCUGUGCCCAUUUCGAAGAACAGCUGAAAAUUUACAAAAAACAGGUGAUCAUUAACUUGGUGGACCAGGCAGGAAGAGAGAAGAUCAUUGGGGAUGCCUACCUGAAGCAGGUGCUGCUCCUGAACAGCUCUCAGCUCACUUACGUUUCCUUUGACUUCCAUGAGCACUGCCGAGGAAUGAAGUUUGAGAAUGUUCAAACACUAACAGAUGCCAUUCAUGACAUUAUUCUUGACAUGAAAUGGUGUUGGGUUGAUCAGGCUGGGGUGAUCUGUAAGCAGGAAGGGAUCUUCCGCGUUAACUGCAUGGACUGCCUGGAUCGCACCAACGUGGUGCAAGCCGCCAUAGCUCGGGUGGUCAUGGAGCAGCAGCUCAAAAAAUUGGGUGUGAUGCCCCCAGAGCAGCCGCUGCCUGUGAAGUGCAAUCGGAUCUACCAGAUAAUGUGGGCGAACAACGGCGACUCCAUCAGCAGGCAGUACGCUGGCACCGCGGCCCUGAAGGGUGACUUUACAAGGACAGGAGAAAGGAAGUUAGCAGGAGUCAUGAAAGAUGGGGUUAACUCUGCAAAUAGGUACUACCUCAAUCGAUUCAAGGAUGCUUACAGACAAGCUGUUAUAGAUUUGAUGCAAGGCAUUCCAGUGACAGAAGAUCUUUAUUCCAUCUUUAACAAGGAGAGGGAGCAUGAAGCCCUGCAUAAGGAGAGCAUGAGAAGCCACCAGGAGCUCAUCAGCCAGCUCCUGCAGAGCUACAUGAAGUUACUGCUGCCUGACGAUGAGAAGUUCCAUGGCGGCUGGGCCCUCAUCGACUGCGACCCCAGCCUCGUGGACGCCACUCAUAGGGACGUGGACGUGCUGCUGCUGCUUUCCAACGCUGCCUACUACGUGGCCUAUUACGACGAUGAAGUUGAUAAAGUAAACCAGUAUCAACGACUAAGCCUGGAAGACCUGGAGAGAAUAGAAAUAGGUCCCGAACCUACUCUCUUUGGAAAGCCAAAGUUCUCCUGCAUGCGACUACACUACAGGUGUAGGGACACCAGUGGCUACUUCCACACACUCAGAGCUGCCAUGCGCAACCCGGAAGAGGAUGGAAAAGACACCCUGCAGUGCAUUGCCGAGAUGCUGCAGAUCACCAAGCAGGCCAUGGGGCUGGACGUGCCUGUCGUCGAGAAGAAGCUGGAGAGGAAAAGCAGUAAACCUCAUGAGGACAUCAUUGGCAUCCGAUCUCAACACCAAGGCUCUUUGGCCCAGGGAAAGAACUUUUUAAUGAGCAAAUUUUCCUCACUUAAUCAAAAAGUGAAGCAGACCAAAUCUAAUGUAAAUAUUGGCAGCUUACGAAAGCUAGGCAACUUCACAAAGCCUGAGGUGAAAGUUAACUUCCUGAAACCAAACUUGAAAGUCAAUCUGUGGAAAUCAGACAGUAGCCUGGAGACCAUGGAAGCCACGGGAGGGGUGGCCAAGAAGGGGCAGGCCGAGUCUGACGGGGACCUGUCUUCCGACAACGAGUCCUACCACUCGGACGAGUUCCUGAGCAACUCCAAGUCCGACGAGGACAGGCAGCUGGCCAGCCCUGCAGAGAGCACGGGCCCGGUGGACUACGUGCUCCCCAGCUGCGGCAUCAUCUCCUCGGGGCCUCGCCUGGGCAGCCGCUCGCAGUCGGUCAGCAGCGCCGACGUCAGCACGCACGCACCUGCGGGCCCCGGGGGCGGGCAAGGCCCCGAGUCGCCUGUGAGGAGAAGCCCCUCUGCCGACAGCGUCCACGCGCUGGCCGGCUUCGCCAAGCCGGCGGAUGUUUACUGCCACCGAUUUGUGCAGGAUGCGCAGAGCAAAGCGACCCAGCCCUCGGGGACCAGCCUAGCGGGCCUGCGUGCCACCGAGGGAGGCCGCCAGGCCGUCCAGCGAGCUUCGGGUGAAGCAGCGCUGCCAGGGUGCGCAGAGCAGAUGCCCUCUCGGCCCUCGCAGCUCGAUGUGACGCUGCCCUCCACGGACCCGCAGUUGUUAUCGGUGGAAGCAGCGCACUUGGCGUUGCCUGCCAAGACGCCGAGCUCCGGUUCCAGUGCGCUGGAACCGGAGCUCGGGCCCCGGGUGAGCCCGUCCCCCUCGGAGGGCAGUGGCAGCCGGGCCGUGUCUCCCUUUGCGAAGAUCCGAAGUUCCAUGGUCCAGGUGGCCAGCAUCACCCAAGCUGGACUGAGCCAUGGGAUCAACUUGGCCGUGGCCAAAGUUCAGAAGAGCCCCGCGGAGCCCGAGCUGCUUCCUGAAACCCAGCGGAACGAACUGAAAAGUAUGUUCACACAGUGUCAGACACGAAUCAUUCAGAUUUAGUUUGGAGCCAUGAAGACACAUUCAGUGGCUUUUAUUUAAAAGUUUGAAGAGUAAUCUUCACCGGUUACGGUAUUCGAACUUGUCCUGGUAGGAGUCGAGGGAUCUGAGAUUGUAAUUAUGUUUGUCCCAAGUCUUUGCAGGAGCCUGCCCCCAGCAGGUGUUGAGAUGGCAGCCAGGAGCAGAGGUACUGCCCUCCUCACCAUGUGCACCAGGCGGCUGGUGCCAGGGCCCUGCUGCGGAGUGGCUGGGUGGAGCUGACCAAGAGGAUGGAUAAAGGGCGGACACAUUGGGGGACGAGUUUUCUAGAAUUACGUUUUGUCAGUUAAUUCCUGUUGACCGCUACCAGGUAAAUUACAUCUGUGCUUUUCAGGGGCUUUAAAAGUGUUACAAAGAAGCAUUUGAAUACUAAAAUUAUUUCUGAUGAUUUAACCAACCAUUCCUGUGAUGCUCUAAUAUGUUCUCAUU